AUGGGUUUGGAAUCUAUUUUCAGAACAGUCAGUCUCCGAGGUCUGCUCCUGGUCAACCUGGCUAUCAGCGAUUUAUUAGUCGGAGUGCUGGCAAUGCCUUUCUCUCUCAUAUCACUGAUUACUGGAAGAUGGUUGCUAGGAAGUGCGCUGUGUGAAAUCACUGGUUUCUUGGCUCUGCUGUUCAGUGUCUCAUCUACGCUAACCGUAGCAUGUAUCUCCAUUGACAGAUAUUGCGCAGUGGUGCACCCACUGGAUUAUCUUAAUAUGAUGACACCAAUACGUGCCAAGUACAUGGUUUCGAUCAUAUGGAUAUGUCCAGGUAUCUGUUCAUUGAUGCCACUUGUUGGGUUCGGAGAGUAUCAUUACCAGUCGCAGGAAUUGGGAUGUGGAGUGAACUGGAGUGGUAACCUUCCAUUCUCACUCAUUGUGUUCGUUGUAGCGUAUGCUAUCCCUUUGCUGGUAAUGGUAUACUGCUACUACCACAUGGUCCGCGCAGCUCGCUCCCAGGCUCGUCGCAUCGAUGCAAUGCCUCAGGUUGAUGGCCAAAGAAGAAGGCCCGCACUCAUUCGUUCUGAACGCACAAAGGCUGUGAAAAUAUUAUGCCUAGUGAUAGGUUUCUUUAUACUCUGUUGGACGCCGUACUCAUUGCUUCAUUUGCUGCAGAUUGUGAUGGUACUUGACAAAAACACAAUACGAAAAUAUAUGGUGUUGUCAAAGUACCUGAUAUACGCCAAUUCCGUCGUUGAUCCGUACAUCUAUACUCUACUCUACAGGCCGUUUAGACGGGGACUGAGGAAUCUUCUUCGACAGAAGUGUUGCUUUGAUAGCCUGCGACCAAAGCCAUCAUCGGCAGUCAUCGUGUCCAGUCGCUUCUUGCGCAGGAAAGAGGGUUGUCUGCGGCGCAUUGAAGCAUCAGAAACUGACUUUAACUAUGAGCUCUCAUCUUCAGAUGACGGAUAUGGCGACCCAAUAUGCGAUGAAGAUUACGAUGACGGGCAGGAUAGUGACCCACUGUACCUGCUUUAUGACGAUGACAAUGACUGUCAACAGGUGUUUCCCAAUUCACACUUGACUCCUCAGACAUUACUACAUGAAGCCAUCAACAAGUGCCAAAUCGAGACACUUUCCCUCAAUAGUUCAAUCGGCGAUAUAAGUCCCAAGCACUCCCCUCAACAGCGUCGUCAAAGAAAAGACUCAAGGGUAAGCAGAACAUUUAGUACAAGUUCUUUAUUAAAAAAGAAAGUGAUACUGUCUUCACUGCAAGAAACUUUACCUGGAGAAGUUGCAGAUCUUGACCAAUGUGGUUACGUAAUCAGUGAGACAAGGAGGAAGCCGAAAAGGCGAACUCUACAUCAUCUUCUAGUUGACAAUUAUCGCGAACCACAGAGAGGUAGACGAGGAAGAGCCAGCUUACAACAUGAACCAAACUAUAUGUUAAGUUCGUCUCCAAAACGAAAAAGAGUAUUGAAGGCCAUUCCUGUAGUCAUUGACAGUGGAGAUGCCCGCUACUCACGGCAUCACUAUUCUCACCCUACGGUCUGCUCUAAUUUAGAAGUGAAAACGCCUCGGCCACCAUCUUCGAAGAUAUCUGGCAGAGGUGAGUGUGCUGGCCGUCCAGCGUUGCUUAGACGGAGCAGUCUAACAUCCACCCUGAGCUACAACCUAGAAAUAAGCGACGUCAUUCAGAUGGAUAUAACACCGCCAAGAGCACGAAAGUAUAACACAGAAGAUUUGUCUCAGAGAAAAAUCAGUACAAUGCGAAGAGGUAUAGUUAGCCGUUUAUCGGAGGAAACAGAGGUUGAUUCUGACGAGGCAAAGCACGCUGUACCAUUAGGCUUAGGCGAUGAUGAACACGAUAGCGUUUUGAAGGCCGGAAUAAAGUUGACACCAGAACGAUUAAGAAAAUCAUCGAACCAGAACGUGGACAGCGAAGAACAGUUUAACCGCUUUCGACUCCUACCUUCAGCAGAGGAAAUGAUAAUUUCAGAUGACGAACAUGGCAAGAGGAGGACGUCAACUUCUCAAAGACUUAUCGGCCGACCAUGCCUUACAAGGAAGGAGAGUUUGAUCAAACUCAAUAGUCGACGAUUAGAGCGUAGAAGCUCUCGCCAACGAGUCAGCUUUUCAGAUCAGCCGUUCAUGACUUCUCCGGCGAUGCCUGGGAACAGGCGCCGUGUGGAAAGUGAUAGAAGAAGCAGUGGGAGCGAAAGCGACUGUGAGAGAAGGAGGGAAAGCAUAAGACCAACAAUGAUCCCUCCCCAUGAGCGACGUCGUAGAAAGUCUGUUUUCAAAUCCCCGAUUACGUCUUUCGAACAAAAGUAA